GUGGAAGUAAUGACAUCGACGAGGCGGAAGACGUCGAACGAAGGGAGAAUCAAACGGAAAUUCGCGAUGGCGUCGCGAGUCGUUGAUCGCGCGUAGCGAACGCGCGAGACUUUUGUUCGCGAUAAACCGUGAAUUGUAAUAUAGCUAAUAUUGAGUUGGGAUUAAUGGAGUUACUUGUCGCGAUAUUAGCGAGGAAUGACCGAAGACAGUUGACAACUGGUGGCGUUCUCCGGUGAACUCAGCAAUCGGUCGGAAUUGCCUCACGACCGCGAAAACGUGUAGUAUCCCGGCUCAAAGUGCGCGUCCACUGGCGUCAACGAUUCGGUAUGGUGUCGUCAUCUAGCGGGAGCGCGUGCAAGUAACGAUGCCCGUGGUAAAAUGGCUACGUUCGGCGGAACGUUUAUCUUGCGACUGUCGAAAGUUUUCUGAGCUGAGAUUGGAUUAUCCUCUUAGAUCUGGAGGAACAGUCCAAUCUCAGCAGAAGAAAUUUCCAGCAGUUGCGAAGUAACCGUUCCGCCGAACGCAGCCAAUGAUGAGACAGAGAGGUGGAUUUGCAACCGCUCGUUGCACACAGUUUAUCGAUACUUGUAAAUACAGGAAGUACGAAUUGCCUUGUUGGUAAUUCACUCGUCACGCAAACGAAAUUUCCGACGUAAGAAUAAAAUUUAGGACCGGGAUAAUCAUCUUCAGAUAAUGCGAUGUUUAAAAUCGAGGCAUGAAAGCGCCCAAUGUUCGCACACGUACACGACACGCGGCUUUGUGUGCGUCUUCCCUUCACGUACCCGAGGCCGCUUCGUGGGAUCUCUGAUUGCAACUGCUCAGCUAGGUGGCGUAUUUCCUUUCUUAUUAUUAUCAUUUGAAAGUAAAUUUGAAAGUAAAAAAGACACGAAGUGACUUUACCGCUGGAAAAUGCGUGCGACGAACGUAGUUUGGCGCACUUCUCAGGAAACGUACUGUCGAAAAGUUGAGAUAGUAGUGCGACUAAACAGUUGAAUCGGACAUCACUUUUCAAGUAGUACUACUCAACAGCGGGACAAACUUUCUUUUAUGAUUCUCGAACACUGAACAAGGAAACGCUUGUCGCGUGGCGAUAUAUCACAUAUUAUGCGACGUAGUAUAUUAUACGAAUAGCCAAUCAAUGUGUCACUCAAUAAAAUUAAAAAUUUAUUGGUUACCGCGUUGUUUUUUGCUACGCGCAAGCGUUUCCGUGUUUUACGUGCAAAAACCAUUGCAUCUGCUUCAUGAAAAAAUAGGCACAAUUUAAUGAGUCGUAACUUCGGCAAGAAUAACGAUAACGACGUGGCUCGAAAAACAUUUUAAAGCUUGAAAUCUCUAGAUUUUAACUGUGUUAAUAUCAUAAUUUUACGAUUACGCUUUAUCUUCGAAAAAGAACAGCGACUGUUGACGUCAUUUCUACUAAUUACUUUGGCAGAGCGCGAUGCAACACGUGACACGUGAUAUCCAAUGAGCGUACUGCUCUUCUAGAAGAACAUUGAAUAUCAUUCGUUACGUGUCGCGUCACGUAUUGCAUUGGUCCGCCGGAGCCGUAAGAACACAGUUUGGUGUACAUUUUUUGCACCAGUGUAGAAAGUUUCAUUGAAUAUAAUCAAUUAUUUAUUAUCGUGUUUGUCGUGUGGGAGCGCGAUUACAUUCAUCACUCCGAGGAAGUAAUUGAGAUAAAGCAAGCAACAUGGUCAGUUUUUAGUACGACCUGUUGGUUGUUGAGCCUGUGAUUAAGUCCUUUAUUUAGUUCUUAACUGUUUGCAUAAGAUGUCCUGGUUGUUUGGUAAAAAGAAGCACAAGGAUUCACCUUCCGAUUCUACUGAAGAGGAGCAACCUUCUAGGGAUCAAUCUGAUGACUUUAUAGUAAUUGAAAAGAGGAGGACUUCGUUGCCACCUAACGUCGGUGGAGAAAGCACAUCACAAUCCAGUGGAUUAUAUCCAUUUAUAGGUGGGACACCUACUACUUAUCCUGCCAUGUCGACCGGUAACUUGCCCAAGUUGAGUCAGCAGACGGACGCUCCUCAUUACCUGAGCGGUGUGCCAUUUAAACUGAGCAAAGAACUACAGAGUAAUAUGAACAACGACUUAGAUAUAGACGGAUUAAGGAUUAGCGAAAUAUUAUCCUUCAUUGAGAGAUUAGAAAAUCAAAACUAUGAUUAUGAUUUCACCCUUGAAGAGGGUGUCAUCGCAGAAAUGGAUAGUAGGAAUGAUGAGUAACUUGAAAUAUGAAACCCCGUGGAUCCUAAUUUUUAUACAAAGAAUGGAAAACAUAAAAAUUCUAUGAAUUAAGGAAUUAAACUUGAUCAUAGAUACAGCAUAUUUUUUAAUUAUAUAGUUCCUUGAUAAAAUCUUAUUUUCCAAGAGAGGUAAUUGCAUUGUAAUUCUCGCACAAUAGAUAUUUGGUUUUUUUUUUAUUGCGAACCCUGUGUUUCUAAAAUAUACUCUUGUCUUUCUCAUGGCCAUAAUUAAAAACUUUCUAGGUAUUCAUAGGGGAUAAGUAAUAUAUUGCUAUACAAAUAUUAAUGUUGUUAUAUGGUUAAAUAUAUAAAAAAAACUAUUCGCCAAACACUAUUAUUAAUGCGAGAAGAACGCACUAUUUAAAGUUUAUUUCUGAACACAAUGUUAAGAAGAGGUGAUUUAAUUCAAUGCCAUGUUUGCACAUGUAAUAUAUGCAUGUUCGAUUGUGUAUAUUUUAUAGAAAAUGACUGUAUAUUAAUUAUAUUAUUAUAAUAAAUGUAAGGAAAGAUGUGUACAAAGUAAUGUAUACGUCAAGGAAAA